UCCACGAUUCCACGAUGUAGCGUUUAGUUAUACGCUCGGUAACACUCGGUAUCGUGUAUAUGCUACAACGGCCAUCUAUUUGAUAUGGUUCCGAACUAGUUGAGGCUCAGGUUGGUGUUGUUUAUGUGUGUUAGUUGUGUUAGAAAUUGACAAAAUUAAAUUGGAAAGCAUCUAGGUAGACAGGGUGUAAAUACUAGUGCGUUCACAUGUAAGUGUAUAUGUAAUAAUCCAUAAUGUACAUAUCCAGCCUGCACAGUGUUCAGGUCAUACGUGGGAGCCUGAGAAAGACGCAUGCCAGGUUAGGUAGUCAUGACAUGCAUGGCAAAAUCAUGUCUGGAAAUGCAGAUUAUCUGGAAAAAGCCCUAGCUGUGGGAGUAAUCAAUGAAGAUUUUGAUCCAAUGAUUCCACCCGCUACUGGGGAAGAAUACAUCCAGAGGGUGGUUUUGGAGGCUUCAAAAUGUGAAGAUGUUCUAGUUGCAAGUGUGGAUAAGUCUCGAUUCAAGGAGCAGACCGUGAAUAUAGAUGUCUCCAUAAAAGAACCACCUUUGAUUACUCCUUCCAUUGAAUGGCAGCAGUGUCAGGUAGCUGAUUUUUCUUCGGUACGUCAAAACUUAGCAAAGUACAGGUCCAUGGGCAUCUUCAAGCCAUCUAUAUCAUUGCCAGCAAGAAAAGAUGAAGCAGGUUGGUACUUGCUGUGUUUUGGAAGUGAAACUGAGCCAGUAGAAAGUGGAGCAUCCAAUGGCGGUGUUCCACCAUUGUUGAGCAUUCUCCUGUCAAUGAAUCAGCCAUUGGUACAUGAAGUUCUUGAAUACCAUGUGGAGUGGCUGGAGGAAAAGUCAAGUUUAUCUGUACAGCAAGGUCAGUGGCUGUAUUCACUGCUUGCUUGCCUUGAACUGCCACUUCUUCCAGAAACAUGCAGCUUGCUACGUACACUAGCACGAGAGUGUUCCAGGCUUAGAGUGUCAUUGAAAUCUGUAGACCAUCCAUCUUUAGCACCACUCACCCUUAUAAUCUGCCUGGUGGCAAAUUACUUCCGACAGAUGGAUCUUGCAGACACAGUGCUAUUACAAUAAUAGGAUCUCACCCAUUGAUAUCCUUAUGAAUCUUCACAAUUAUGUUAAUGUUGACACAGUUAUGAGACUACUUUGGUUGCAAAAGUGUUUCUGUUCAUAGAGAUAUUUUUUAAUUUUUUGUUAUUGAAUUAGCAGCACCUUUAAUACAAAUACUAACUUUUUGUCAGAAAUAUUUGUGUAAAUAUGAAGAGAUACAUUUAAGUGCUGUAAACAUGUCAUAAAAUGUUAUUCAUAUUCAGUGUUUAUCUUCUGUCAUUUUUACUUCAGCCUCUUCGGUCUUCCUGCAUAUAAUGGCCUUAGUGUUGAGUACUGUUUGACAUUGGAUAGCAAAGGGUGAACUCAAGAAAUGACUGUAUUCGUAACAGUAACUGCUGUGACAACCUUAAAGCUGCCUUGAAGUUGUUCACAUUAAGCUUUCUUGGUGUGUCAUUUUUUAUGCUGAGUUUGGUCUGUGGUUCCUCUCUCAGGGUCAAAAUGUGCAGGUUGGAUUAGUGUUCAUCUGUAUAUAGGUUAUUCAGGAUGCAGGACAUAUUGCAGCCGGCUCCCCCAGCGACCCCUGUUUGGGCUCUUCACCAGAAUGUGCUUUGACGUACAACCAGACACCUAUGUUCUUCUUGCUUGGUACCAGAGAAGAGGAACCCAGAUGAAGUGUAAA